AUGUCACAGAAAAUCAUCUGCUGGCUACAACCUCACGGGUCUGUUCGUCGGUUCAGAGGGAACGCUUGGAAUCGUGACCGAAAUCACGCUGAAAUUGGCCGUCAUACCGGAAGAGACCAGUGUCGCUGUUGUCACAUUUCCAUCGAUACGAGAUGCUGCAGCUGCAGCAUCCAAGGUGUUGCGUACUGGAGUUCCCGUGGCAGCAAUGGAAAUCAUGGACGAAGUACAAAUGGGCGUGAUAAAUAA